AUGUCGUCUGACGGGGCCGAAGUGGCGGAGGACUAUCGCCUUGCCCUGGAGGAUCUCUCAUCUAAUAUGCGCUUUGAAAUUAGCAAUUUGACAGUAAUUGCUAGAGAAAAUACUGAGCAUGCAUUGGCCAUUGCAGAUGUUCUGCAGCAGCACAUACUAAAGGCGCCACCGAACAAGAAACUGCCCGCCCUCUAUGUCAUGGAUUCGAUUGUCAAGAAUGUUGGCACUCCGUAUACGCUCUACUUCGGUCGAUCGCUCUUCAAGAUAUUCAUGGAAUCAUACGCGGUGGUUGAUCACAGCAUACGCAGGAAGAUGGAGGAGAUGCUCAAAACAUGGAAGGAUCCUGUUCCUGGAUCAAUGGACACGCGGCCCGUCUUUUCACACGAGCUGGUACGGCCGAUCGAGAAUGCCUUGAUGAAGGUCAGAGCAGCGAGCAUGCCGCAGCAGGGUCAGGGUGGCAUACCUGGACGGCCUCGCCCAGGAAUGUUCCCUCAUCGAAACACACCGACGCCGCCGGGGAUGCGUGGAUUUCCAGGCCCAGCUGGGAAUUUUCCGCCUCAACCUCACCCGUUCUCCAACGGAGGGCACCCUGGUGAGCCAAUACCCGGCAAUGCACCGCACCCUGGGCAGCAGCCCGCUCCUUAUCCCCCACCAUCCACCACGGGCUCUUACAACUCAACCCCUGUUCCCUUCCAUCCAGCGUAUGGUUCAGGUCUACCUCUGCCGUCUGGAAUAAGCGUAGAGACCUUGAACAGUGACAUUCAAAACCUGAUUGUUGCUAUGAGGGCCGAGUUCUCGCAGAACCCACAUGAUGGCGGUGUCCAGAGCAGAUUAAAAGCUCUAUUGGACCUUCAGGGCGUUGUACAACACUCGAAUCUGCCACCAGACCAGCUUGAGCUCAUUAAAAACAAAGUAACAGAACUUGCUGCCGUGACGAUGAGGGCUCCUCUGGCUCGUAACUCUGCGACUUCUACACCCCCUAUUCCAGCACCAGCGACGGCGCCACCACUGGCGCUUCCUGUGCACCCUCCUUCAACUUCUAUGAACCAUAUCGAGCCACCCAGGGCAGCCGCAGCUCCUGUCCCAAAUGCCUCGUCCUUGUUAGAUCAGCUUCGGGCAGCAGGAAUGCUCCCACCUGCUACGCCUCCAAAUAUGCCGGCUCAAAUCCCGACGCCAAUUCCUCCACCGCCGCCCUCCAUGUUCCCUCCAGGCCUUUCAGCGAGCAUUGCUAGUUUGCUGGCUGCUCACAAGCCAGAUUCUGGUCGCUCUAGCGCAGACGUACUGGGUGGCUCUGCUGGACUGGAUUCGGCCGCUUUAAAGCUACAAUUCCGCCCCGACGCUGUCGCCGCGCUGUAUGAUGACCUGGGACCUCCCUGUACGCAGUGUGGGCGGCGAUUCAAGACCGAUGAAGAGGGGAGAAGGAAGAAGACGGCUCAUAUGGACUGGCAUUUUAAAGUGCACCAACGAAGCACGGAAGCGGAGAAACGAGGCACACAUCGGAGUUGGUAUGUGGACCAGCAGGAUUGGGUCAAGGCUCGCGAAGCGGUUGAUGCGAUACACGAUGUAUCCUCCAAAGAGGAGUCUGCUCAAGCAUCAAAGGACUCGGAGGGCCCCAAGUACAUUCUCGUGCCGGAUUCAAGCAGCGGCAUCAAUAAUGUGUGCCCAAUCUGCCAGGAGAGAUUUGAGAACAAGUGGUUUGACACCGUGCAAGAAUGGGUAUGGCUUGACACGGUCUUGGUUGGCAACCGAGCAUAUCACGCCUCAUGCCGUGCCGAGGCAACCAGAGAUCGAGAAUCUACACCCGGUUUAUCACGACGCACGCCCGAGCCGGUGUUGGGAAAGCGAAAAGCAGAGACCGGUCUUACGUCACCAAAGAUUAGAGUACAGAAGACAUUUGUGUAA